GCGAGCGAGAGCAGGGCUUGUUUUUCUUAAAGGGGCCGCGAAGCAGGAAGAAGCCAAGACAGUGAGUGGGUCUCUCCCCAAAUUGCAUGGGGGGCUUCGCGCUGGCAUGGCCGGCUCCGGCUCCUGGGCGCCCCCGCAGCUGGAAGACUUCAUCCUGACCGAGAGGCUGGGCAGUGGCACCUACGCGACUGUCUUCAAAGCCUACAGGAAGAGGAAUACCCGGGAGGUGGUGGCCAUCAAGUGCGUGAACAAAAAAAGUUUGAACAAGGCAUCCGUGGAAAACCUCUUGACGGAGAUUGAAAUCCUCAAAACUAUCCGCCAUCCUCACAUCGUGGAGCUGAAGGACUUCCAGUGGGACAAGGAGUACAUUUACCUGAUCAUGGAGUUCUGUGCCGGAGGCGAUUUAUCCCGUUUCAUCCAUUCUCGGCGGAUCCUUCCGGAGAAAGUGGCUCGCUUGUUCUUGCAGCAGCUGGCUUGUGCCUUGAAGUUCCUCCACGACAAAAACAUCUCCCACUUGGAUCUGAAGCCUCAGAACAUCCUCUUGAGCACUUUGGACAAACCUCAUCUCAAACUGGCAGAUUUUGGAUUCGCUCAGCACAUGUCGCCCAGGGAUGAGAAGCAUGUCCUGCGAGGGUCGCCGCUUUAUAUGGCUCCGGAGAUGGUCUGCAGCCGGCAAUAUGACGCCCGGGUGGAUCUCUGGUCCGUUGGGGUCAUCCUCUAUGAGGCCUUAUUCGGACGGCCACCGUUUGCCUCCAAGUCUUUCGCUGAACUGGAAGAGAAGAUCCGAAGCAAUCAGCCCAUUGAGCUCCCCAGCCGCCCCCGGCUGUCUCCCGAGUGCCGAGACCUCCUCCAGCGCCUUCUGAAGCGGGACCCCCAGCAACGCCUCUCCUUCCAGGCCUUCUUCGCUCACCCUUUCGUCGACAUGGAGCACAUGCCCAGCGGAGAGAGCUUGGGCAAAGCAACCGCUCUUGUCACAGAAGCCGUGAAGAAAGACCAAGCCGGAGAUGCUUCGUCUGCCCUCUCUCUCUAUUCCAAGGCCUUGGAGUACUUCGUCCCUGCCUUGUACUAUGAAACUGACAUUCGCAGGAAGGAAGCAAUCCGAUCCAAGGUGAGUCAAUACAUCUCGAGAGCGGAGCAACUGAAAGUCUUGGUCGCCUCCAACAAUAAAACCCUCCUCCAGCAAGGCUGUCCGGCCAGAGACAUCUUGAAAGAAAUGUCCAAGGACAAACCACGUCUUUAUGCCGCUCUGGAAAUCGCAUCUGCUGCUGUAGCCAAGGAGGAGGAAGGCAAGGAUGACGGCGAAACCCUUGAUCUGUACCAACAAAGCCUGGGUGAAUUGUUACUCAUGUUGGCUGCUGAACCAACAGGGAGAAGACGGGAGUUGCUCCAUACCGAAAUCCAGACGCUGAUGGGCCGAGCAGAAUACCUAAAAGAACAGAUAAAGAUGAAGGAGUCCCAAUGGGAAGCCGAAACCAUCGACAAGGAGGGGAUGUCGGAUUCUGUGCGAAGCUCCUGUACCGUACAGUAACCUGGACUUCUGGACAAAGACCCGUGGAUUCAAUACCUCAAAGUCAACGGAGCAGCGGAUUGUUUGCUUUAAUGGGCACUGUUUACACAGGGACCGAAUUAUAAUAUUUGGACACUAAACGGAGACAUAGAGCGACUUUAUUAGGCUCGCGGCUAAGCUGACAGUGUUUGUGUAACAUUAAUUUAUUUAUAUGUGAAAAUUAAACAUUGUCCGGCA